AUGGUCAAGCUCACCGAAGUCGAAGAUGAACAUUUCAAGGAAAAGCCUACGUCAACCAAGUCUGAUGCCUUGUUAUUGAGUGACGACGAGGAUGAGGAUUACACCGAUACUGAUUCAUUUGAUGACAAUCUCGACAACGAAACGCUGUAUGAAAGAAUUUGCGCUUUACAAGACAUUAUCCCAGCCCAGUCCAGAUACAAGAUCAGCAAUGCUUUCUCUUCCUUCUCUUCCUUUGCAAAAUCAACCAUUUCCUUCGGUGGAUCCGCUUUGUGGAUUGUAAGCACGAGUGCAUUCUUGCUCGGUGUUCCAUGGGCUCUUGCAUUAGCUGAAGAGCAACAAUACGUGCAGAUGGAAAGGGAGCAAGGAAUGAUCAAAGGAGCCAAUGAGAUGUUGACUCCUGGUGCUACAAGCGCUCUUACUGCCCCUGAUUCGAUUGCUGUGGAGGGAAAACCUGCCUUAUAA